GGAGCCAGAUAAAAGGCAGCCUCUAGCGGGCUCUGCUCACUCCUCCCUGUCCUCUCCCUCCGUCCCUCCGUCCCUCCGUCCCCUGUCCCUGCACCAUGGGGCCUGCCUUAGGUCCCAGCCUGCUGCUGCUGCUGCUGACCAGCCUCCCCCUGGCCCAGGGGGAUCCCAUGUUCUCGAUGAUCAUGCCCAACGUCCUGCGGCUGGAGAAUGACGAGACCGUGCUGUUGGAGGCCCACGACGUGCAAGAGAACGUCCCCGUCACGGUCACCAUCCAAGACUUCCCGGCCAAAAAGCAAGUGCUGUCCAGCGAGAACACGUUGCUGACCAAAGCCAACGGCUUCAUGGAUACGGUCACCGUCAAGAUCCCGGCCAGCAAGGAAUUAAGAUCAGAGACGGGGCAGAAGUUCGUGACUGUCCUGGCAACCUUCGGGAACACCCCGGUGGAGAAAUUGGUGCUGGUCAGCCUUCAAAGCGGUUACCUCUUCAUCCAGACGGACAAGACCAUCUAUACCCCGGGCUCCACAGUCCUCUACCGUAUCUUCACUGUUGACCACAAGCUGCUGCCCGUGGGCCGGACCGUUAUCGUCAGCAUUGAGACACCCGAAGGCGUUCCCAUCAAGCGGGAACCCCUGUCUUCUCAAAACCAGAUUGGCAUCUUGCCCUUGUCUUGGAAUAUUCCGGAGCUGGUCAACAUGGGGCAGUGGAAGAUCCGAGCCUACUAUGAAGAUUCGCCACAGCAGGUCUUCUCCGCGGAGUUUGAGGUGAAGGAGUACGUGCUGCCCAGUUUUGAGGUCCAAGUGGAGCCUGAAGAGAAAUUCUACUACAUCGAUGACCCAAAGGGCCUGGAGGUCACCAUCACGGCCAGGUUCUUGUAUGGGAAGAAUGUGGAUGGAACGGCCUUUGUCAUCUUUGGGAUCCAGGACGGUGACCAGAGGAUUUCGCUGCCCCAGUCCCUCACCCGCGUUGUGUUAGAGGAUGGCACGGGGGAGGCCACACUGAGCCGAGAGGUGCUUCUGGAAGGGGUGCAGCUCUCCAGAGACAGUGACCUGGUGGGCAAGUCCUUGUACGUGUCCGUCACCGUCAUCCUACACUCAGGCAGCGACAUGGUGGAGGCGGAACGCUCUGGGAUCCCCAUCGUGACUUCCCCCUACCAGAUCCACUUCACCAAGACCUCCAGGUUCUUCAAGCCCGCCAUGCCCUUCGACCUCAUGGUGUUCGUCACGAACCCGGACGGCUCCCCGGCCAGCCGCGUCCCCGUGGCAACUCAGGACUCCCUGGACGUGCAGUCCCUGACCCAGGAUGACGGUGUGGCCAAGUUAAUCAUCAACACACACAAAGACCGGAAGCCGCUGGACAUCACCGUACGCACCAUGAAGGAGGGCAUUCCGAAGGCACGACAGGCCACCAACACCAUGCAGGCCCUGCCCUACAACACCAUGGGCAACUCCAACAACUUCCUGCAUCUGUCCGUGCCCCGCGUGGAGCUGAAGCCAGGGGACACGCUCAACGUCAACUUCCACCUGCGAACGGACCCCGGCCUGGAUGCCAAGAUUGGCUACUACACCUACCUGAUCAUGAACAAGGGGAAGGUGUUGAAGGUGGGACGCCAGAAGCGAGAUGCUGGCCAGACCCUGGUGGUGCUGCCUCUGACCAUCACCACGGACUUCAUUCCUUCCUUCCGCCUGGUGGCCUAUUACACAAUGAUGGGCACCAACGGCCAGAGGGAGGUGGUGGCUGAUUCCGUGUGGGUGGACGUCAAGGACAUGUGUGUGGGCACGUUGGUGGUAAAAAGUGGCAGGAAGGAAGGAAAGCCCCAUGUACCUGGACAGCAGAUGGCCCUCAGGAUCGAGGGCAACCAGGGGGCCCGGGUGGGGCUGGUGGCCGUGGACAAAGGCGUGUUCGUGCUGAAUAAGAAGAACAAGUUGACUCAGAGUAAGAUCUGGGACAUGGUGGAGAAGGCGGACAUAGGCUGCACGCCAGGCAGCGGGAAGGACUAUGCGGGUGUCUUCAAGGACGCGGGGCUGGCCUUCCAGACGAACAAAGGCCUGAUGACUGACCAGAGGGCAGAUGCCGAGUGCCCGAAGCCCGCCGUCCGGCGACGCCGCUCGGUGCAGCUCAUGGAGAAGCGGAAGGACAAAGCGGGCGAGUACAAGGACAAGGAGCUGCGCAGGUGCUGUGAGGACGGCAUGCGGGACAACCCCAUGAAGUUCCCGUGCCAGCGCCGGGCGCAGUUCAUCCUGCAAGGCCAGGCCUGCGUGGCCGCCUUCCUCGACUGCUGCGAGCACAUCACCCGUCUGCGGCUCCAGCUCAGCCACGACGGCGCCCUGGAUCUGGCCAGGAGUGACCUGGAUGAGGACGUCAUUCCAGAAGAAGACAUCAUUUCCCGAAGCCAGUUCCCUGAGAGCUGGCUGUGGACCAUCGAGGAGUUAAAAGACCCAGAGAAAAAUGGAAUCUCCUCGAAGACCAUGAACGUGUUUUUGAAGGACUCCAUCACCACCUGGGAGAUUCUGGCGGUGAGCUUGUCCAACAAGAAAGGGAUCUGUGUGGCCGACCCCUAUGAAGUCACAGUGGUACAAGAUUUCUUCAUCGACCUGCGACUGCCCUACUCUGUCGUGCGCAACGAGCAGGUGGAGAUCCGAGCUGUCCUCUACAACUACCAUGAGACGAAAAAGCUCAAGGUGAGGGUGGAACUCCUCUACAACCCAGCCUUCUGCAGCCUGGCCACUGCCAAGAAGCGUCACCAGCAGGUUUUGAUUAUCAAUCCCACAUCCUCCUUGGCCGUGCCUUUCGUCCUCGUGCCCCUGAAGAUCGGCCUGCAGGAGGUGGAGGUCAAGGCCACCGUCUUUGACUUCCUCCUCACCGAUGGUGUCAAGAAGACUCUGAGGGUCGUGCCAGAAGGAAUCAGAAUCAACAAAACUGUGGCCGUUCACACACUGGAUCCACAAAACCUGGGCCAGAAUGGCGUGCAGCGAGAGGAGGUCCAUGCUGCAGACCUCAGCGACCAAGUCCCAGACACGGAGUCGGAGACCAAGAUCCUCAUUCAGGGGACCCCAGUGGCCCAGAUGACAGAGGACGCCAUCGAUGGCGAGCGGCUGAAGCACCUCAUUGUGACGCCCUCGGGCUGCGGGGAGCAGAACAUGAUCGGCAUGACCCCCACGGUCAUCGCAGUGCACUAUCUGGACCAGACGGAGCAGUGGGGCAAGUUCGGCCUCGGGAAGCGGCAGGAGGCCCUGCAGCUCAUCGAGAAGGGGUACACCCAGCAGCUGGCCUUCAGACAACCCAACAAAGCCUUCGCGGCCUUCCUGGGCCGGCCAUCCAGCACCUGGCUGACAGCCUACGUGGUCAAGGUCUUCUCUCUAGCGGCCAACCUCAUCGCCAUAGACUCUGAAGUCCUCUGUGGGGCUGUCAAAUGGCUGAUCCUGGAGAAGCAGAAGCCCGAUGGAGUAUUCCAGGAGGAUGGACCCGUGAUACACAAAGAAAUGAUUGGUGGAUUCAAUCAUGCUGAGGAGAAAGACGUGUCCCUCACGGCCUUCGUUCUCAUUGCACUUCAGGAGGCUAACGAUAUUUGCGAGGGACAGGUCAACAGCCUGGGGGCCAGCAUCAACAAGGCAGGAGACUUCCUUGAAGCCCAGUACGACAACUUGCAGAGACCAUAUAGUAUAGCCAUUGCUGGCUACGCCCUGGCCCAGUUGAACAAGCUGAACGGCCCUCUCCGGGACAAAUUUCUGGACGGUGCCACAGAGAGGAACCGCUGGGAGGAGCCUGGCCAGAAGCUCUACAACGUGGAGGCCACAUCCUAUGCCCUGUUGGCCCUGCUACUGCUCAGAGACUUUGACUCUGUGCCUCCCGUCGUGCGCUGGCUCAAUGAGCAGAGAUACUAUGGCGGUGGCUAUGGCUCCACCCAGGCCACUUUCAUGGUGUUCCAAGCCUUGGCCCAAUACCAGAGGGAUGUCCCUGCCCACGAAGAGCUGAAUCUGGAUGUGGCCAUCAACCUGCCCAGCCGCAGCUCUCCAAUAGAGCACCGCAUCUACUGGGAAUCCGCUAGUCUCCUGCGGUCAGAAGAGACCAAGGCAAAUGAGAACUUCACAAUAACGGCUUCAGGGAAAGGACAAGGCACUUUAUCGGUGGUGACAAUGUACCACGCCAAGAUCAAAGGCAAAGUCACCUGCAAGAAAUUCGACCUCAGGGUUAACAUACGACCAGCCCCUGAAACAGUCAAGAAGCCUCAGGAUGCUAAGGACACCAUGUUCCUUGAGCUCUGUGCCAAGUACUUGGGAGACCAAGAUGCCACUAUGUCCAUCCUGGAUAUAUCCAUGAUGACGGGCUUUUCUCCUGACAUUGAUGAUCUCAAGCUGCUGAGCACUGGCGUCGACAGAUAUAUAUCUAAGUAUGAGCUGAACAAGGCUGUCUCCAAUAAGAACACCCUCAUCAUCUACCUGGACAAGAUCUCGCAUGUCUACGAAAACUGUCUGUCCUUCAAAGUUCACCAGUACUUUGAUGUGGGGCUUAUCCAGCCUGGGGCAGUCAAGGUGUACUCCUAUUACAACUUGGAUGAGACAUGCACCAAGUUCUACCACCCGGAGAAGGAGGAAGGAAUGCUGAGCAAACUCUGCCACAAUGAAAUGUGCCGCUGUGCUGAGGAGAACUGCUUCCUGCAUCAAGUGGAUGACAAGAUCACCCUGGAGGACAGGCUGGACAAGGCCUGUGAACCAGGAGUGGACUAUGUGUUCAAGGCCAGGCUGCGCAAGAAAGAGCUGUCAGAUGACUUUGACGAGUACAUAAUGGUCAUCGAGCAGGUCAUCAAAUCAGGCACCGAUGAGGUGCAGGAUGGACAGGAGCGCAAGUUCAUCAGCCACAUCAAGUGCAGAGAAUCCCUGAAGCUGCAGGAAGGGAAGCACUACCUCUUCUGGGGCCUUUCCUCAGACCUGUGGGGAGAGAAACCCAACAUCAGCUAUAUCAUUGGGAAGGACACCUGGGUGGAGCUGUGGCCCGAUGCUGAAGAAUGCCAAGAUGAGGAGAACCAGAAAGUGUGCAAUGAACUGGCCAACUUCACCGAGAACAUGGUUGUCUUUGGCUGUCCCAACUGACCCCCCAUCACUGUCCCCACCAAUAAAGCUUCUAUUGUAUUUCACUUCUA